CAAGAUGGCGGCGCACAUGAGGAUAGCUCGCGUUUCGGUCGAGAUUUUUCCAUCAAAAUGCCCUUUUCCUCGACUCCAGGUCCGUAGUAAUGUUAGCAUUCCUGUAAGAUAUUGUAGUUCUACAACUUCGAAGAGAGGCCUGGUCCUGGGGGUGUACGAGAAGGGAGAGGGGGUGAGGUUGACCCCAGGGGCGGACUUGUAUAACCAGCAGACCGGUGGCAAACUGGAGGAGUAUAUUCGUUUGGCGGGUCCAACGAUAAAGAAAGGGAAGUCCAGAGUGUUCUAUGGGUUAGACAAGACCUACAAUGCUGUAGCUGUGGUGGGGCUGGGUGCACAGGGGGUAGGGGUCAAUGAACUGGAGGGUCUGCAUGAGGGAAAGGAGAACCUCAGAGCUGCAGCUGCAAGUGGAGUUAGGCAGCUGAGAGACAUACUGGGUACGUCCACCAUUGAAAUCGAUGGUUGCUCAGAUGCAGAAGCGGCAGCAGAAGGUGCAGCUCUAGGCUUGUUUGUUUACGAAGACCUCAAGGCAGAAGACAAGAGGAAGAAACCGGUCCAGACUGAACUUCUCAAAGACUCAGGAAGCCCCCAAGGGUGGUCUAAAGGGCGCCUCCUAGCGGAUGGACAGAACUUUGCAAGACAACUGAUGGAAAUGCCUGCAAGCCAUCUGACACCUACCACAUUUGCCAGCAUUACUGGAGAAAGAUUCGGGUCCAUUGGUAACAUCCAGUUUGAGGCAAGAGACAGAGCUUGGGCAGAGUCUAUGAAGAUGAGAGCCUUCCUCAGUGUGGCUAAUGGAUCAGAAGAGCCCCCUGUCUUUGUGGAGGUGAAGUACAGUGGUAACCCUGACAGUUCAGAGAAACCGCUGGUGUUUGUCGGGAAGGGGAUCACGUUCGACUCCGGAGGAAUCUCGCUAAAGCCGCCAGCGGGGAUGGACCAAAUGAGAGCGGACAUGGGAGGAGCCGCGACUGUUUCCGGCGCGAUCGCCGGCAUCGCAUCGCUGAAGCUGCCAAUCAACGUGGUGGGGUUAAUCCCGCUGUGCGAGAACAUGCCGAGUGGGAAGGCCACGCGUCCGGGAGACGUGGUGACGGCCAUGAACGGGAAGACCAUCCAGGUGGACAACACGGACGCGGAGGGGCGGCUGAUCUUGGCGGAUGCCCUGUGCUACGCUCAUUCCUUCAACCCACGAGCCGUCAUCGACCUCGCUACUCUCACAGGUGCAAUAGACGUAGCCCUCGGUUCAGCUGCCACAGGUGUGUUCAGUAACAGCAGGGUCCUGUGGAACCUUCUACACGAUGCAGGUGUGGGUACAGGUGACCGGCUGUGGAGGAUGCCACUGUUCAACCACUACACCUCACAGGUGACACACAGCCAGCUGGCAGAUCUCAACAAUGUGGGCAAACAUGGAAGACAAGCCGGAGCCUGCACAGCUGCAGCCUUCCUGCGCCAGUUUGUGCAGUGCCCCCAUUGGGCCCACAUGGAUAUUGCAGGCGUGAUGGCAAACAAGGAUGAAGUGCCAUACCUGAACAAAGGCAUGGCUGGAAGACCUGUCAGGACUCUGGUGGAGUUCACAGCAAAACUGGCCAGUCAAAAAUGGAUUUGAGUGACUAAGGGUUAAGUAGUGAAUAACAUUGACUUGCUUCGCUCACUCAUUGUUUUAUUUUGUAGUUAUAGGAACUAACCAUGCCUUAUGACACUGUAUACACUGAAGGAUCAGUGAGGAAUAGAUUUAAUUGGUGGGUUUUGAAGAAAUGAAUUUCAUGGAGUUAAUGACCUGACUCUCUCACUCGGUAGUUUAUUUUGUAGUAAGAGGCAAGCAUGACUUAUGACACUGUAUACACAGAAGGAGCAGGUCGAUUAAGUGGCAGUUUUUUUAAGCAGUCAAGCCUUGUCUCAGUAACCACUCAAUAGACUGAGCAAAGUUGUUGUUGAGGAGGAGUGGUUGUUUCAGAUAGGUUGGUUAGUGGCCUAAGAAUUAGUAAGGUGCUGUUUGCAAGAAUGUGUAAUACUAAGUUAUGAUAAUUACGGAGUCCAAAAACAAAUGAUAGGGAAUUAGAUUGAUAGGAAAUUUGUAACGCUUAGUUACUGGGAUCAGUAAAACAAUUAAGCAAUUUGGUGCUUAAAAAGUUUCUCAGUUUGAUUUGGCUGGUUUUAGUAGUUUCUACAUCAAUGGGAAAUUUUCACAAAGGUUGUCGGCAUUACUGUGUGAGGAAGUACGGUUCUUGAUUAUUCUAUAACAAGAAUGGUAUGUCUAAUGUCCUAGAUUUAAAAUAUCCUAAAUGUUAUAGAUACCAACGCACAUGGAGAGAGGACCAAAAUGAUCCGUAUUGCAGCUAGAUGUCUGGACCAAGAUAACCAUGUAUUAAGCUAUUCUGGUAAUGUUUCUUCAUUGUUUUGCUAUUUUAUGGUAAUCUGUGUUCUUGUUCAUAUUUCCAAGAGACCCAUAAAUAUGAAUAAAGUAAAUGGGGAAAGUAAUUAUACCUCAUGUAACCCAUAUUACAGCAAAUUGGUAUAUUAAGGAACAUUUCCCUUAAGUUUGUACUUUUUACAAUGACAAUAAAGAAGGUUUGGUGACAAAGAUAAUCAUCUUAAUGUCA